AUGCCUCUCCGCAGCUCCGGCUACGCCAGCUACCCCUACCCUGCCCGCCACAGCAUCCCCCAGCACUUUUACGCUGAGGACCCGGCCAAAGCUGCCGUCCACACGGUGCCCCCCCGGACGUUGUACGUGGAGGAGGCACGGGGCUACCCGGUGCAGGAGGCGCCCACUCGCACCUUCUAUGGGGACGAGCCCCGCUUUUACGCCCCCCGCAGCACCCCCGUCAAGACCCUCUAUGCUGAGGACACCCGGACGUACCCGGCCCUCGGCUCCUCUGCCCGGGUAUUCUACGCUGAGGACUAUGGGAAGUACCGGGAGCGGGAGGUGCUGUCGCGGACAUGCCCCCCACCCCGCAGCACUCAGCCCUUGCACUUUGGUGACUGGUACUGCCCCGAACGAGGCGCACUGCCCUACCAGACCUUGCAGGUGUCACGCUUCGCCCCGCAGACGGCUGGGCGCGAGGCCAUGCUCUCCUCCUGGCAUGCCAGCUAUGGCGUCACCCCCCCACGGCUGGGCCGGGAGAGCCAGCACUACUCCAAAUCCUGGGAUAACAUCCUGGCACCAGCGGCACGCAGGGAGGAGGUCCUGCAGCGCGGGCGCAGCUACGAGAACCUGCUCGCCCAGGAGCAGCACCGUGCCUUAUCCCCCGAGGAGCGCCGGCAGCCAGUGGUAAUCAACCUCUCAAGCUCACCCAAGCGCUACGCUGCCCUGUCUCUCUCGGAGAGCUCCAUCCUCGAGAGGGUGCACGCUGACGGUGGACGUGGUCCCCCGGGCCGCUCCUGGUACGUCACGCCAGAGAUCACCAUCACCGAUAACGACAUCCGUGCUGAUGGGCUGGGCAGGAGUGAGAGGCGCUCGGCCAGCUGGGACAUGCUGGAUGCGGGGCGGGAGCGUGGCCCCUACGCCGCGCCCUGCGCCCCGCAGCCUAUGCCCAGGGAGAGUAGCUCAGGGCGCCAGCGCAGCCUGGAGCAGCUGGAUGAGCUCAUCACCGACCUUGUCAUCGACUACAAGCCAGCACCGGGCCACCGCGCUGGGGACAGGGACAGCCUCGCUGAGCAGCUCAAGCAGCUCCUGAGCAGCAGUGCUCCGGGGCCCCCCCGGCGGGGUGAGGGCAGGAGGAUGCCCCCCGGCGUGCCUGAGGGACCCCGACCCACAAAGGAGCAGCCAGGUCCUAGCUCCCGUGCCAGCAACUGCUCGCCCGACCUCAGCGCGGAGGAGGACGACAUGAUGAUGUGCUCCAACGCCAAGUGCCGGCGGACGGAGACCAUGUUCAACGCCUGCCUCUACUUCAAGUCAUGCCACAGCUGCUACACCUACUACUGCUCCAGGCACUGCCGCCGCGAGGACUGGGACACGCACAAGGAGAGCUGCGUCUACGGGCGUGUGGGCAGUGUCUGCCGCCAUGUCCUGCAGUUCUGCCGGGAGAACGCCGAGGUGCACAAGGCCUUCUCGCGCAUCGCCAAGGUGGGCUACCUCUCCCGUGGCCGUGGUGUCCUCUUCCUGGGCUUCCCCAAUGCCGGCUCGGCCGAGAACUUCCUCCAGUUUGGGCUGGAGAGCCUGCUAAUGUCCCCCACCUACCUGUCCUUGCGGGAGCUGGAGAGCUACUCAGACAACCUGGGGGAGUACGCCCGGGAGCUGCGGGAGACUGGCAACCAGUACGACCCUGACGAAUGUUUCCUCCUGAAUGUAACUGUGGCCGUCACCCAAAAAGUGCCAGAGAGGCCAUCACCAAAGACGCAGGUGCCGACUGUCAGGAAAUAUGCCAAGGUGGCCUUAGCCUCCUCCAGCCCCGAGAAGAAGAUCCUAAAGAAGGAGCGGGACAUGGAGACGUUGAUCCUGACACCGCCGCCCGGCACAGCGGACAUCGACAAGGAGGGGGAGGAGGGCCGCAAGGCGCGGGAGGUCUGCUUCAUCAACAUCCAGCGGGAGCUGCGCAUCCGCGGCGUCUUCCUACGGCAUGAGUUCCCCGCCGUCUACGAGCAGCUCUGCGAUUUCGUGGAGAGCAACAAACGCUUCACCCCCACCACCAUCUACCCCAUUGACAAGAGGACGGGCAAACAGUUCAUGUGCAUGAUCAUGGCAGCCUCUGAGCCCCGCACCCUCGACUGGGUGGCCAGCCCCAACCUCCUGGAUGACAUAAUGUGA